CUCGCUGCCGGAGCCGGGGACGAUGCAGGCGGAGUCGGGGAUCGUGGCGGACUUCGAGGUCGGCGAGGAGUUUCACGAGGAGCCCAAGACCUACUAUGAGCUGAAGAGCCAGCCCCUGAAAAGCAGCAGUUCCGAGCAUCCUGGAGCUUCCAAGCCUCCCCUAAGCUCCUCCAGUAUGACAUCACGGAUUUUGUUACGACAGCAGCUCAUGCGUGAGCAGAUGCAGGAGCAAGAGCGUCGAGAGCAGCAACAGAAGCAGCAAGCAGCCCAGUUCAUGCAGCAGAGAGUACCACUCGGUCAGACACCAGCCAUCAACGUCAGCGUCCCCUCUAACCUGCCCCCUCCUACCCAGGUGCCAAUGGAAGUCCUCAAGGUGCAGACUCACCUUGAAAAUCCAACCAAGUACCACAUUCAGCAAGCCCAACGGCAGCAGGUAAAGCAGUACCUUUCUACCACUCUAGCAAAUAAACAUACCAACCAAGCUCUGAGCUUGCCCUGUCCAAACCAGCCUGGUGAUCAUGUCAUGCCACCUGGAACUGGAAGCAGCGCACCGAACAGUCCAAUGGCUAUGCUUACACUUAACUCCAACUGUGAAAAAGAGGGAUUUUAUAAAUUUGAAGAGCAAAGCAGGGUGGAGAGCGAGUGCCCGGCUCUGAACACACACACGCGAGCGUCAUGCAUGCAGAUGGAUGAUGUAAUUGACGACAUAAUUAGCUUGGAAUCCAGUUAUAAUGAAGAAAUCCUUGGACUGAUGGAUCCUGCCAUGCAAAUGGCAAAUACGUUACCCGUAUCUGGCAAUUUGAUUGACCUUUAUGGCAACCAAGGCAUGCCUCCUUCAGGGCUGAACAUCAGCAACUCGUGUCCAGCUAAUCUUCCUAAUAUAAAAAGGGAGCUCACAGCGUGUAUUUUUCCUACAGAGUCAGAAGCAAGGGCGAUGGCUAAAGAGAGGCAGAAGAAAGACAAUCACAACUUAAUUGAACGAAGGAGAAGAUUUAAUAUUAACGAUCGCAUUAAAGAAUUAGGCACGUUGAUACCAAAAUCAAAUGACCCGGACAUGCGCUGGAAUAAGGGCACUAUUUUAAAAGCGUCAGUGGACUAUAUCCGCAAACUGCAGCGAGAACAACAACGCACAAAAGAACUUGAGAACAGGCAGAAGAAACUAGAACAUGCCAACAGACAUCUACUGCUCAGAAUACAGGAACUUGAGAUGCAGGCUCGAGCACACGGACUUUCCCUUGUCCCAUCUACAGGCCUUUGCUCACCAGAUGUGGUAAACCGGGUCAUCAAGCAAGAACCGGUAAUUGACAACUGCAACCAAGACGUAUUGCAGCACCGCUCAGAUUUAUCUUGCACGACUACCCUCGAUCUUACUGAUGGUACCAUAACUUUCAAUGAUAACCUAGGAACCUACAGUGUCCCCACAAAAGUGGGAUCCAAACUGGAAGAUAUUUUGAUGGACGAUACUCUCUCCCCUGUAGGAGUUACUGACCCACUCCUUUCCUCAGUGUCUCCUGGAGCUUCAAAAACAAGUAGCAGAAGAAGCAGCAUGAGCAUGGAAGAUACUGAUCAUGCUUGUUAGCAGAUAAUUGGCAUGGCCUCUCAUAAACUGCUUCAUUUCUUAAUCAGUAGAUUAAAUAAUUUACAUUUUUAGGUUUUUUGAUUUUCUUUUAAUAUUAAUCUACUUGUGCUUCAUCAAUAGCCCAGUAUAUAUAUUAUAUAUAUAUUUUUGAAUUUUGUGAAAAGACUUGUAUAUUCUAUUUUAAAAGUACCAAUGCCUCCAAAAUAUUGUACAACCUAUGUACAGUAUUUGUGAACUGGAUUCGCUAAGAACUUUGAACUGGUCAAAUCUACUCAAAGCAAUAGAAUUACAAAUCAAAACAACAGUCUGUUUCUAUUCAGGGGAAACUAACAAGUUAUUUACUUGGAAACUAAAUGUAAAGCUUAAAAAAAAAAAGAGAGAGAGAGAAUGUGAAGAAACCAAAAAUAUCCACUUUGUAACCAUGUUGUGUUGAUUUAAUAGUGCUGCCUUAAAGAUACAGUAUCCUUCAAACUUAGUUUAGUCUUUAUAUCACAAGAUGUUUAAAAUAAAUCACUAUUCUACUUUAAUAAUAAUAAUAAUAGUAAUAAUAAUAAUAAAACUAGCAUUAACACAUACUGAUUGUGUUGAUUCCAAUAUGAAAUGUUCCUGAUGAUGAUGCUAGAAAUGAAGGAGAGUGUGUAGGGAGGCAUGAAUCUGUCUCAGUUUCUUGGAGUGUUGUUAUUCUUACUCUCAACUGAAAGGGUUUCCCUUCUUCUCCCACUUCAAGCUUUUCUUUAAAGGCUUUUAUUUUGGAAAGGACACUUAGAAUUGUUUAUCAACAGUAAAACAGACAGGAGCACUGUAAGCUGGUAUACAUUUUCAGACAAAAUUCAAUACAUUUUAUCAACUGGGCACAUUUUGUUGUAUAUUUCUAACUGGCCUUACAUUUUAUUUUUUUUAAGUGUUGUACAGGUUUUUCAUUUGCAUGGAUUCUUUAGUUAUCCUCAUGUUUUUGUUUUGUUUUUAAAUAUAGCUGUAUUUCAUUUAUAAGAAUAUGCCUCUUAAUAUUGCAACAAUUUUUUGACAUGUUUAAAACUCACUGGAGGUUUUCUGCAUUCUUUGUAAACACUUGAAAGGAAGCUUUUAUGCAGGAUCCUGUGUAUUGAGAGAUUUUGAGAAUAUUUUGUACAUUACAGUCUCACUUUGGAAAUAUUUUUAAACACAAUUUAAGGUGUAGUACAAAUUUAGACUAGGUAAUAAAACAAAGCUCUGUAGAGAAAAUGAACUUACAUAUUUAUUUUUAGUGAUACAGAAAGAAUAGUAAUAUGCUUGAAGCCUAAUAACUAUAUAGUUAAUAUGCCCCUUAGAGUAAUUAAUUUGGUGUUUUAUUUCAGCAAUACGGCUGGUUUAAAAAGAGUAAAUUUACUGUAUCUUAAAAUAACUGUUACUUUAUAACCAUCGUAUUAAUUUAACUUGCAACAAUGUUGUAAAAGUAGUUUUGGUGCAUUAUCUACGCAAGUGUAGUCCUAUGCAAUAACAGUAGUUAUAAUCGUAUUAUAUCAAACCUAGAUGUUUUACAAAGAUGACAGAUGGUGUUAUGAGCCAGAUCGACUGGAUUUCUCUGUAGCAGCCUACAGUUGAAAUGUAUCAGAAAAGCAUCUCAUUCAGAAUGAAGUGCCUUAAAUUGUAGUAGUAGUCUUCUUGGACUAGCACUGACUGAAGUGUGGCAUAGAAGGAAGUUUUGGGGUGAUAUUUAUAGGAAAUCUGAGUGUAGCCUGGUGCCCUAUUUAGAAAACAAGAGCGUCCCAUUCUCUUUGUGCUACACUGGAAAGAUAUGUAUAAUAUAUAAAAAUUUAAAUCUUGUUUAGUGAUUGAGUGCCAACAUG